AUAGCCAGGAUUUCUCCGAGCCCAGAAUCUCGAGCUGCCUGAUCCAGGACAGGAGCACUUCCGGGUGGAACCCGGGAAGCGGCAGAAGCUGCAGCGACGUCCGGAGAGGGAGCGGCCCGAGUCUGGGAGCUCCGUGAGUACCGGGGAAUUAAACCCGGGCCCGGAACCACUGACAAACUCGACCCGUCGCUGCCAGCAGGCGGCUCCGCCCCUUGGAGACAAAUCCCGCCCCUUGGAGACAGCUAGCCCUUCCCAAGUUUCCCUCUCCUCCUGGAAAACUAGGGAAGACGAGGGUCCUUAUUCUCGGAUUCCCUGCGCCGCGGUUCGGCCCCAGAGCCAAUCCCUUCUGUUUCAUCUCUGCGACGUUAUUUCUCCAAGAUCUCUCCUUUCCCAAUUAAAAAUCUGAUCGCGCAUGCGCGAAUCACCCACCGGGGGUGCCAGCUAGCGGAACCGUCGGUGACUUGGGCAGUGGUGGUGUCAGCAUGUCUGCUUUCCGAUCUGGCCUUUUGGUGCUGACAUCCCCGCUGGCAGCCCUGACCCCACGCCUGGCACCCAUUCUGACCUCUGCAGCCCGGCUGGUGGAGAAGACCCUGUAUGUCCACCUGCAGCCUGGCCUCAGUCUGGGUGGACCGGCCCAGCCUCACUCCAGCCACGUGCAGGCCACCGUGGAGAUCAUCAACCUCAUCACUGGUCUCUAUGCUGGUGCUGAUGCCUAUCGGCACCUGGACAUCCGAGUCCUGCUGACCAACAUCCGUACAAAGAACCCAACCCCUCCACCUUCACUUGGCUCUGUGCAGAACCUAGCCCAUCCCCCGGAAGUGGUGUUGACAGACUUCCAGACCCUUGAUGGGGGCCAGUACAACCCAGUCAAGCAACAGCUAGAGAGAUAUGCCACCAGCUGUUACAGCUGCUGCCCCCAACUGGUCUCUGUGUUGCUCUAUCCAGACUAUGAUCCAGGAGAUUCUUCUACAGACCCAUCAGUACCCUAUUCCUCUCCUCUUUGGUCAGCCUCCCCUUUGCCUAAAGCUCCCAAACACCCCCUACAGGGCUAUAACCAUGUGGCAGUAGGGGGAACAUUUGACCAUCUGCACAAUGCUCAUAAGUUGUUGCUUACGGUUGCCUGCCUCUUAGCCCAAAAGAGGCUUGUGGUUGGAGUAGCAGACAAAGAAUUGUUGGAAAAUAAAGUGCUCCGGGAGUUACUCCAACCAUAUACAGAUAGGGUGAAACAUCUGAGUGAAUUCCUGGUGGACAUGAAGCCAUCCUUGGUCUUUGACAUAGUCCCCCUCCUAGAUCCCUACGGUCCAGCCGGCACUGAUCCUUCCUUGGAGUGCUUGGUGGUUAGCGAGGAGACUUAUCGUGGGGGGUUGGCUGUCAACUGUCGACGCCUUGAGAAUGGUCUGGACAAGGUGGCUUUGUAUCAGAUUUUGUUGCUGAAGAACCCAGACCACAGAGAGAAUGAAGAAGACAAAGUUAGCUCCUCCAGCUUCCGUCAGCGACUGCUGGGAACCCUCCUUCAACCCCCAAAUAAGAGACCAGACCUCCCCUCCAAUGUCUAUGUUGUGGGGUUGACAGGGUCGAGUGGCUCUGGCAAAACUUCAGUGGCCCUGUUACUUCAAGACCUGGGGGCAAAGGUCAUUGAUAGUGACCAGCUGGGACAUCUGGCCUAUGCACCUGAUGGCCCUGCCUACCAAACUGUGAUAGAGGCCUUUGGAACUGAUAUUAUCCAAGAAGAUGGAACCAUCAACAGAAAGAUUUUAAGUAGUCAAGUGUUUGGGAACAAGAAAAAGCUAAAGAACCUCACCGACAUUAUAUGGCCAGUCAUUGCCAAGAUGUGUCAAGAGGAGAUCAAAAAAGCUGCAGCUGAGGGGAAGACCAUAUUCGUGAUUGAUGCGGCCUUGCUACUGGAAGCCGGCUGGAACAACAUGGUCCACGAGGUGUGGACAGUCAUUGUCCCAGAGACAGAGGCAAUACGGCGCAUCAUGGAGCGCGAUGGUCUGACUGAAGCCGCCGCCCAGGCCCGCCUGCGGAACCAAAUGAGUAAUCAGCAACGGGUGGACCAGAGCCAUGUGGUGUUGAGUACACUUUGGGAGCCCCAUAUCACCCGAAGACAGGUGGAAAAAGCCUGGGCUCUCCUGCAGGAGCGUAUCAAGAGCCAAUAAUGGACUCCUGGAGGCUUCUCCUUCUGAUCCUUGAUUGCGAUGAUUGAUGUCUGUGGUGUGGGAAAGCCCUCGGGGCAGGUCCCGUCCUCCGCGGGGCUGGGCCCAGACUCACGCAGUGCUGAGCUGCUCAGGCUGCGCCGCGGUGGGGCAGCUUGGAGGCCAGGUUGGAGGCUCGGGCCGCAGGUCGAACCCCGGUACCCUCUGCCGGCCUAGAGGAAGGGCACACCGCCCCACUGCCCUCUCUGCUUGGUGUGUCUGGGACCCCACGGCUGGCUGGGACCAGGGGUGAGGGCACGGAACUAAUUAAAGCCGAAUUUUCCUGUAA